AUGGGAUGUACAUCAGCAAAAAUGCAUUCAAUAUACAUAUUUGAAAUAGAACAUAAAAACAUGAAUAUUGUUAGUAUUUUUAAUGAUACGGAUAUACUUGAUAUUAUAAAUCAAGAAAAUAAAAAUAUUUUUGAUAUUCGUGUCGGUUAUAAUGGAAUAUGUACUAUAAGACCAGAUGACAUUAUGUGUUUCAAAAACUUUAAUUCAUUUACAGAGAAAUUCAAUGAUUCAUCCGAGUUUAUCUCUAUUUCAGAUGCAUUUUUAGAUGAAUUUCAGUAUAAGAAAAUAGCAAUUGGAACAUGUAUUUUGAUCGGUGCUUCCCUUUUUUUAUCUUUAUUUAACUCUAUACCAUUUAUACCACACUUUCAUCUUCUUACGCUCUUAAAUUUUUAUUUUAUAUUAUCAGGAACUAUUUUACUUAUUACACUCACUUUUAUUGUUCAUAUUACCAUUUCAUCUUUGUGCAGUAUUUCAAGAGAUCUAAAUACCACUAUAAUCAAAAUAAAUCCUGGAAUUAAUUUGGUUAUUUUAAGCUGGGUUUCUUGUAUUUUUGCACUUAUUUCUACUACAGAUUUUCUAUUUAUACUACAUAUGAAAAGUAAAAAAAUAAUUCAAAAAAAGAAUUUUAUAUAA